AUGAACCAUGCGCCGCGCGCCAGCCAGCUUUCGGGCUCGACAGCCUACACUGGCUCCUCAGCUUCUUUGAGCUCCCUCGCCACGACCAUCACACCUCAAAAUGGCGGUCCUGUCCAUGCCACGGCCAACAUCAUCAACCAAAAGGCCGAUGCUUCGCGAUCUUUGUACCAGAUCUGCAUCUCUCUGAAGCAGCGCCUGGCUCAAGUCCCUGGCUUUGGCCCGUAUCUCGACGAGCUCGAUCCCACGGAUCCUGUCGAUCCUCUAUGGAACCUUUUCCGAUCUGGAUACCCUUUGCUCCUCAUCUACAAUGCCUUGCGACCUAAUGACGAGCUCAAGGUCGACGACUCUAGCGCUAGUGAAGCUAAGAAGUCCAAGAUCGCCAUCUUCAAAUUCGUUCAAGCAUGUAUGAAGGAACUAGACAUUCCUUCCUCUCAGAGCUUUGUCAUCACCGACUUGAUGGGUAACGACACAAGCGGUUUCGUCAAGGUUACUCAAGUUGUUAACUACGUCUUGGACCGAGCAGAGGAACGCGGCUAUCUUAUGCAAGCUCAACCUGAUAUCGAGAAUAACGAGCCUACUGGAGCGCAGAUGACCUACCGAGAUCAUAUUAUCAGGGAACUUGUCGACACUGAGCGGAAAUACGUCCAAGAUCUCGAGAAUCUGCACGACUUGAAAAAGACACUCGAACAGCAAGGCGCAAUUCCCGGUGAUACCCUGCAUCGGAUUUUCUUUAACAUCAAUUCAAUCCUCGAUUUCCAGCGCCGAUUCCUCAUUCGAGUCGAGACAACAAACUCCAUGCCUGGCCCAGACCAACGAUGGGGAGCUCCGUUUGUUCAUUACGAGGAUGCUUUGAUCGACAUUUACCAGCCCUUUAUCGCAAACCAGCGCAAGGCCGCAAUGGUUGCCAACCAGGUUUUCGACAAGAUUCAACGUUCUUCGCACCCUGUCGCAGCCGAUUACAACACUCUCGACGGUUUCCUGCUCAAGCCCAUGCAAAGACUGGUGAAAUAUCCGUUAUUGCUCAAGGAUCUUAACAAGAAAACUGAGGAUGACACGAUCAAGAUGGACCUGACCAGCGGUUGCGAAGCUGCUGAAAGAGUCUUGUCCAAAGCCAACGAAGCAGUCAACCGUGACCUUUUGGACGAAGCUGUUAAGGAUCUCACCGGCCGUGUGGAGGACUGGAAGAGCCACAAGGUGGAGCAAUUUGGCAAGCUCCUCCUACAUGGUGUGUAUGGAGUCAUCACUGGAAAGACAGAUCAAGAGAAGGAUUACGAGAUCUACCUUUUUGAGUCUAUCCUUCUGUGCUGCAAGGAAAUCUCAUCAAGCAAGAGCAAGGAUAAGAAGGACAAGUUGCGUUCAGCAGGCCCCAAGGUCCGAAACAAGAGUGCCAAGCUUCAAUUGAAGGGUCGCAUCUUUAUGACCAACGUGACCGAUAUCGUGUCGUUUACCAAGCCAGGCAGCCACAGCGUGCAGAUCUGGUGGAAGGGAGACCCAGGUGUCGAGAACUUUAUCAUCAAGUUUUUGAACGAGGAGACUUUGAAGAAAUGGGUGAACACUCUGGAGGCCCAGAGGAAGCAUAACGUGCCACGCCAAUCAACAAACUCGGACACACUUUCAACCGACUUUGCCUGGACACGAGAUCAAGUAGCUGGCCUGGAGAAUCCCUAUCUGCAAGAAAACGACGACGACGACGAAGAUCUUGGCCCAGCAACAGCACCUGCCGGGUUCAGUGGAGUUACUCAUCCUAUGAGUUUGGGGCCCAGAACAGCUUCAAGCAACAACCUUCGUGCUCGAGCAGGAACUGGUGAAAGCUCUGCGUCUCUUGCCGGAAUGGUGCGCGCUCCUCCACCUCGAUUCCCUCUGCCUGCACCACCCGCAUCACUCAGCCUUCAGACUCCAGCAAACGGCGCUCACUCACCCGGUGCUUGGGCAGGCGACAGUUAUUUCUCCCCUGUCACUGAGUCACCAGCUUCGACAAGGACGAGCACUACCAGUGGAAUGUUCUCAACCCCUCAAUAUGGGUUCCCCAAGAGCUCCACUCCCAACCCACAACAAUGGGAAGAUGCCAAUGGCAAUCGAUACACUGCUCCCGCGAUGCCCCGUGCUCCGUCCCGCGAUGGUCCCUCACCAAAUCCUAAUCGCAACCCCCGAGGACCUUCUCUGCCGGCAAUGUCCUCUAGCAGCCAGGCCGCUCUGGCGGCACAGCAGAGGAACCGUUCGUACAGCACUCCCGAUAUUAACGGACCAGGAAUGCCACGUACUCGCCAACCUAGCCACGGAAAUAUCCCAGCCGUGCCUGGCAUUCCCCAACACUUGCAUCCUGGCCACAACCCCAACCUUUCUCGAGAUCAAACAGGAUCGCCCAGGAUUGAUCAGCCCACUCGAGCCCAGACCAACAGCCCUGGAGCUCAGCGAGAACGAAUGCACAAGCCUACAGGAAGUGUGGGCGGAAGCAUGAACCAUUUCCCUGCUCAACCAAUUCACCCACGAUCCAUCACGCCAGGUGGUGGAAACCAGAUCCUCCGGGUUGACCCUGCUACUGCGAACUCGCGAACGGUAUCCCCAGCUCUUGGUACAGCAACAGUGCCGCCACCAUCAGCAAAUCCUCUAAGCCCCGAGAUGCCUCUGCCAACCCAGCUCAAGGUUCGAGUGAACUGCGAAUCAGGCAAUUACGUUACUUUGGUGGUGGCCUUUAACAUCACCUACCAAUCUCUGGUCGACCGCAUCGAUGCCAAACUCGCCCGCUUCACUACCAGCAGCAUCAGUAAGAGCAUGCUCAAGCUACGAUACCGUGACGAAGACGGCGACUACGUUGCCAUCGAAGGUGACGACGACAUCCAGAUCGCCUUUACCGAGUGGCGCGAGGGAGUCAGGAACAUGUACUCUGGAGGCGUAGGAGAGAUAGAGCUCUUUUGCGUCGGCGACACAGCCUAG